ACUCUUUUUUAUUAAAAAAAAGAAAAAGAAAAAUCUUUUUCCUUUCCCGAAUUCUCCAUUCUCCACAUUCAAAUCCUUCUCCGCUUUGGGGCUUCAAUUAUCAAACCAAAAAUCGAAGCAGAAAUGAAGGUUGAAGAUUGAUUGAUCACUGUAACAAGAUCUUCGCCGGCCCGACGCCAUCCCUUUGACCCUUCCGGAUGUCGAGUAACUGAACCGAUCAGGGGAAUCAAAACUAGCUUCUCUUUCAAUUUCGGGUUUGAUGGCUGUACAGUGGUUACUGUUAUGCCAUGGCUUGGUUACACUUCUAGUGGUGGUUUCUUUCCUUUGUGGUCAGUGGCCUAUCUUUGAGGGCACUCCCAUUCAACGUAUUCACCAUUUUCUCACUUCUGGCGCCUACGAUUAUUUCUUACGAUUUGUAGGGUAUGUAUUUGGGUCAAAAGGAACUAAUGCAGUUCUGGCGGUCGAAAGUUUUUGCUGCGACAGACCUAAUCCAAUCCUUCAGGUUAUAUAUCUUGCUAUAAUCGGGGUUACCUAUUACAUUAUUACAAUGUCUACAUUCAAAUACGUCCCUGGUUAUUAUUUAAGUGGAAUUCAUAGGUAUACAAGCUUUUUGGCUGUUACUGUUGGUGUUCUCCUCUUUCUAUUAACCAGCUUUUCUGAUCCAGGGACAGUGAAUGCUGAUAAUGUAACUCGUUAUCUGUCUGCUUAUCCAUAUGACAACAUUAUUUACUCUGAAAAAGAAUGUUCAACUUGCAAAAUUCCAAAACCUGCUAGAUCCAAACAUUGCAGCAUAUGUGAUCGUUGUGUUGCCCGCUUUGAUCAUCAUUGUGGAUGGAUGAAUAACUGUAUAGGGGAGAGGAAUACCCGGUAUUUUAUGGCCUUCCUUUUGUGGCAUUUCCUUCUUUGUGUAUACGGGACGGUUGCAAUUGGACUAGUUCUUGCUGGACAAUUGAAAGAACUAAAAGUUAUUCAUAUCUUGACGGUUUAUUAUGGCAUUGAAAAUUCUUUCUCCGGUCUAGCUCCUUAUGUCAUACAAUGGAUUUUGAGCUCGUACAAUACUCAACUACUACUUAUGGUGUUUCUCGCGAUAGUAUGCCUGCUAUUAGGAGGCUUCUUUGGUUACCAUGCCAAACUCUGUCUUACAAAUACUACGACAAAUGAGACUUUUAAGUGGCAAGAGUACAUUAGCUGGCAAAGGAAGGUAAAUGAAGCCAAGGCAAGUGCAGCAGCCUUAAAAACAAGCAUGGAUUGUCUGAGUUCUGAAAGAAAGCCUCCAGAGAGCAAAUGGAGAACCAUUUUUCGUAGAUCUCCACUCGAACAAGUGCAGGUUGUCAAGAAUAAUACUUACGAUCGAGGAUUGUUAUACAACAUUCAUGAGGUCAUUUUACCUUUCUCAUCAAGACCAUCAUUUUCACGAAGAAAACCAAAAUCUGGCUGAGACUGCUGUAAAUUAAAUGUUAUGUGAACUGUGUUGUUGUUUCAUUCAAUGUAAAACAUCGAUGGGUUGGUCGGUCAUGCUGGUUCUUCAGCUUUGAAGGUCGAUCGCUUGGUUGAUCAGUCUUGGCGGAGGGUGGCCCUCUCGAGAUUGUACAAUUUCAUAUGCUCUUGAUUUUUGCAUUUCUUCAUGGCUUUGUGGUGGUGUGCCUUAUUGACCUCCUAAUUUUUGGUUUUUACGAGUAUGUUGUGAAAUUUUAGAUGUUUUCUUUUCUAAUGUAAACUAAUUUAAAAGAAGUUUUGAUUUCUAAGCAAUUUGUGAGCUUUCGAAUGA